AUGAUAUGUUCCAUUUCUGGUGAGAUACCAAAGGAGCCUGUUGUUUCACCUAAAAGUGGUGCAAUAUUUGAAAAGAAGCACGCGGUGAACUAUAUUUCAACGAGUGGAAAGGACCCGAUAAACGAUGAGCCGCUUGAGGUUUCAGAUCUCAUUCCAAUAAAUUCUUCAAGUCUAUCGAUCACACCCCCAAAUCCACCCAGCUCUCACUCCAUUCCAUCCCUUCUAUCAACAUUUCAAAAUGAGUGGGAUGCAUUGGCAUUAGAAGUGUUCACUUUGCGGAAACAAUUGCAUGCUGUGAAGGAAGAGUUGAGUGCUUCGUUAUAUCAUUACGAUGCGGCAGUCAGGGUAGCAGCAAAAGCAAUAAAAGAGCGGGACGUGGCACAACAGGCGUUACUGGAGCUUGCUGCUUCAAUUGGCUCAGGGGAACUCAAAAAUGAAAACACAAUACCAUCUACUAAUGGAGUCACAAUUCCUGCGGAGGAAAUUAAUAUCGCAAGAGAAGAAUUGUUUAAAAUGCACAAGGAACAAAAAGCAGUAUUAUCAAUAGAUCCGGAAGCACAAGUUUUGAUUACCUUUAGUAGAAAUCUCAUACAACCAUUCAAAAAGCUUACCACUGCAUUUUUGAAUCCUGAGAUUAAAACAUUAUUAAUCGGUUCUCCAACAGGGUCAACUGCGAUAUACACAUUCGAUGAUUCAAAGGUCCAAAAGUUUUCUCACAAGGGUCUUGUAACUGCACUAAAUUUUAUUGAAUAUGAUGGUGAGCUUUUGCCAUUUAUCGCCCACAAAGAUGUCCUAAUAGUGGGCGAUGGAAAGUUUACUUAUGAGACAGAGCAGAAAGAUAUUUUAUUAGUUUUGACACAUCCAAGAUUAACAGAGCUAUUUAUAAUUUUGUCCCACGAUAGAUGGUCUCUUAAUCAUAUCAAAAAGGGAGCUGUGUAUGUUUCUUCUGCUAUUUCGGAAGGCAUUUCCGCCGGUGACAUCCAUGUUGAUGGCGCUUUAUUGGGAAUAGGAAACAAAACAGGUGUAAUAACCAUCUUUAAUCUAGCUACCGCCGAGGCCGUUUUCAAAUUGAACACGAAAUAUUUCAAUAUUCAAAAACUAAAAUUUGCAUUGAAUGGAUACUGGCUCUUUGUAUCUUCCUCUAAUGAUAACGAUGAGAGCUGUUUGGAGGUGAUCGACUUGAGAAAAAACAUAGUGGUACACACAAUUGAGUUCAAGGCUGAACUAAUAGAUUUUACUAUUGAUCCAUCUACAAGUAUAUUAGUUACAUGUACUGCAAAGACGUUCCAUUUACAUAGAUAUGUCAAAAAGGGCAAAAGAUGGUUAGACAACCAUUCUACCUCGCCUCUAGAGGGAUCAAAGAGCCUGAUCAGAACGCUUGGUGUUUUGACUAGUGCCACUGAUAGCGACUUUAUUAACGAUCAAGUUGUCAAAUUUGUAGCUGUAACGGAGAAUUCUACUGUUCUUGAGUAUCAGUUGUCUUAUUCGUGA